CGCCUUCUGUCCAAUCACGGCUGGCCUUGUUUAGAGGUCGUUUAUUGACAAGGGGAGAAGGUGACUUCUCCGGGUUGGAGUAGAAUCUCGCAAAAAAUCUCAAGCUGUAACUCGUCUAAAGACGAGGGUAAGCUAAAUAAACAAGCAUGUCUUCUUUUGGAAGGGCGUUAGGAGUCCUCAGGACAGGGACGCGGCUGCUUAGAGGCGGUCCUGGACGGACAACGACCAGAAAGGCUAGCGACGGACCGCACAUUGAACCACAGUACAGGCAAUAUCCACAACUAACCAAGAAACAACAGCUUCAGUCAGAGAUCAUCAGUGGUGCCAUGUGGUUUUGGAUUCUUUGGCACUGCUGGCAUGAUUCAGAUGCAGUGUUGGGUCACUACCCCUGGCCAGAUGCCUCUAAAUGGACAGAUGAGGAGCUUGGUAUCCCACCAGAUGAAGAAUGAGAUCACCGCAGGAGAUUCAAACUGUUCAGCAAGUCUUUGGGGAAAUCUUCCGUGAUUUUCUGAAAGUCAUUGUACAUAGAAUAAAAUUGUCUUUAAGUUAAA